GACCCUCUGUCAGCAGUGGGAGAGCAGGUUUUAGGUCUGGUAGCCCUGAGUCUGAGAAUUACCCAGGCUCAGAUGUUAUGUUUUUUAUUUACAGGUAAAGAAAAACCAGUGAAAUAACACGUUUGUUACAGUUAAAGAAAUAGCUUCAGCGAUAGACAAUUUGAACUGGGACUCUUGAGGGUUCUUCUGUUGGCUGGACCUGAACUAACAUUUGCCUUCACAAUGACUUUAGCAGCUAAACUAGAAGACAUUGAAGUUACGCUGGAGCACCUGCUAAUGGAUGUGUUUAUGACGGAGGGCCGCCGAUGUCAAGUGCACCUCCUCGAUGACAGGAAGCUGGAACUUCUCGUGCAGCCAAAGCUUUUGGCCAAGGAGCUGCUCGACCUGGUGGCAUCUCAUUUCAACUUGAAGGAGAAAGAAUACUUUGGAAUUGCCUUCACAGAUGAAACGGGACAUUUAAACUGGCUUCAGCUGGACCGUAGAGUGCUAGAACAUGACUUCCCCAAAAAGUCAGGACCAGUUGUUUUGUACUUCUGUGUCAGGUUCUACAUUGAAAGCAUAUCUUAUUUAAAGGAUAAUGCCACCAUCGAGUUGUUUUUCUUGAAUGCAAAGUCCUGUAUUUACAAGGAACUCAUUGAGGUUGACAGCGAGGUGGUGUUUGAAUUGGCCGCAUACAUCUUGCAGGAGGGGAAAGGAGAUUUUGCAAGAGAAGAUCCCUCCAGUCAAGGCUGA